GUACGAGAUCGACUUAGAGAUGUUUUCACCAUGCACUGAUAUUGGCAGUCUUGGUAUUAAAUUCAAUGUGUCCUACAGUUUUGAACAUUGCAAAGUUGCUUACAAUGGAAACCUGACGUUUCCGUAUGAUGAAGACGACGAGGAACUGCUGACUUCAAUUAGAUUUGACAAAUGGGGCAGUACUGGUGGCUGGAAAUAUGAAGGUACUUUCGAGAGGUACGACAUUAUGACAUACCUGCUUACCUACUUUCCAAAUGCCUUCAAAAGUUUCUAUGGCAGCAUGGGCAUUACAGGAAAACCAAUGCCAGCCGAAUCUCGAAGAAAGGCAAAAAAGGCAUGCGCAUCAUCGGCUGAAGUACAAGGAAACAGGACUAAAUCGCCUGACUGGAUCAGCAGAAAAAUAAAUAUAUAAAUGAAGUAAAAACAAAAUAAUAGAAAUUAAAAAUUAAAAUAAAUAAGAAAGUAAGAAAUUUCUCUCUCUCUCUCUCUCUCUCUCUCU